GCCUCCAUUAGCUUCCCCCUCUCCCAUUUCAAGACUGUUAGAUACGCCAUUGAACAGGUCAAUGUUACCGUAUGUGAAAAGGGAAACGUACUUUUGGUUGUUUCCCGUUGAAAUUAGUGUUGUAUUUUUGGCGGCGUUUGCUUUCCAUAAAGAAGCACAGCAAGAUGUUUAGGCAAAAAAAUGCAUACAGAACUCCAGAUUUUACUAAUUGUGAUCCCAAUGAGGAAUUUGUUUGCCCAUAUGAUUCGAAUCACAAAAUAAGGGCCAAACGAUUUCCAUACCAUCUGAAGAAUUGUCGCAAGAAUUUUCCACUAUCAAAUAUGGCUCAUUGCCCAUUUAAUGCACGACAUGUUGUGCCUGGACCAGAGUACAAGUACCAUCUAACAAACUGCCCUGAUAAACGGGUCAUUGAACAGGAUAUUGCAUAUGAACAACAGAAGCAAAAUGGUGAAGAGUCACCCUUCAAGGGUUGCACUGAUGUGCCACCUUAUAAUACUUGGGAACCACCCCCAUCUUCUGAAGACUGGGAUGCAGAAAUGAGGAAUGAGCCAAACUACGAUUACACUCCACCUACCGAUGCAGGGCAGCACAUUUAUCGAAGCACUUGCGGAAUGACUCCUGCUGAGAAGAGAGCACACCGAGAGUACCUGAAAAGACAAGAAGAACGACGAAAGGCAGGAUUGCCACCUGAACCAGAGUUUUUUGGAGGAGAAGCUCAUUGUGGUGUUCCUGAACUGGUUCGUCCUUCAAGCCAGCCCCCUUUGAGAUUGCCUCGAGAACCACCAAAAGCUUAUCAACAUGUAAACCAAAUGGCUAUGGGUGGUGAGAAUACACAGCUUGGACUGGUUGGCCUUGGAAGAGGGCUUCUGAUGAACAAACAAAUGAUGAUGGUGAAUGACUCAAGUAAAGCAGAUGGUGACCUCAUGAAAACUAAGGCGGCAAUGCUACCCACAGCCCAAGGUUUUGGACGGGGCAUGGCAGCUAAUUUUAAGACCGAACCCAUUCAAACCAAUGGACAUGCAGUUGCUCCAGCUGCCCAAACAUAUGUCAGAACGGUAGGUCGUGGACGGGGAGGUACCCCACAGAACCGGAACAGACAACUCAUAAUAAAGACAGCUCCAACUGUAGGGGGUCUGGCGGGUCAAAAGACACAAACGAGCUAUGCCAUCAAUAAAACAGAACCAUCAAAACAUGAGGAAGAGAAUAAUGAUGUGAAAACCAGUCAAUUAUCAUCUGGAGAUUCUUCAUCUCAAGAAGAAUCCGAAGACACCAUGAGAAAGAAACUAAUCAGGAAGCUGAUGAAAAAACUGAAUGGGAUAAAGAUACUUGAGAUGAAGAAAGAAGAGGGGAAAGAACUAACAGAAGAGGAGGAACUGAAGGUUUCAAAGAAAGCCUCGAUCCAAAAGGAAAUAGCUGUUCUAGGUCAUGAAGCUUGAGAGUAAACCCUAAGACAAAUGCCGGAUUCACUCCGAAUCUUAAACUUUUUGAAGAAUUACUGAUAAAUCAAUGAAAAAAAUUUUAUUUUUUAUUAAUUUACGCUUAGUUAUUUAAGGUUUUUAUGAGCUUAUUUUUAACUCUGGUAUCAUACAUUGUAAAUGGUUUUUUUUCUUUGUAUAGAGGUGUGGUAUACAGUACAACAAAUACUUCCAUAAAAUGGUAUAUUUGCAUUGAUCAUUGGAAAGUGUUUCAAGUUCUGUAAAAUAAAUACUGUAUCAUUAUUCUUAGUGUAGUAUAUCAAAAGUACUUAUUGUAUAUAUAUUUUUUUGUUAUUAAUGUGUAGAUAUCGGGACACUCUUACUGUAUUUUAACCUUUUGUAUAUAAAAACAGAAGAUCAUGAAAAGCAAAUAUGAUACUACAGUAUAUAUUAGCCAGGCAUACAAUGUCUGACUACCAUUGGCCGACGCAAUUCCAUAUUUAACACAACGCUAUAACAAAUUGUAGUUAUUGACAAUUCUCUCAUACUGCUACUUACAAUCGACAGACAGAAUCGACAGACAGUGGCACAUCGUCAAGUGAUCACAGAGUGUAGAGAUGCAUAUGUCGGCCGAUGUGUUUGCCUGGCUUUAGUGUUGUUUUAAACUAUCCCUACAUAUUAAUGCUAUAAAAUGUUCAUACCAUUAUAAAGUUUCAAAAUCCUUAAAUUUGGAGGAGGUUUUUCCUUCUGAUCCUUGGUUAUUGAAAUUUUGAUUAAAAGGAUUAUUAUGAUAUUUUA